AUGAAUGAUGUUUUCAAGCCUUAUCUGCGUAAAUUCGUGUUGGUGUUUUUUGAUGACAUCCUCAUUUAUAGUCCGAGCAUUGAAGUGCAUGUGGACCACUUGCGAACUGUUAUGACAGCACUGUCCCAGCACCAACUCUACACCAACGCUAAUAAGUUCUUUUUUGGACAGCGACGGAUUGAAUACUUAGGCCAUAUCAUCUUGGAGCAUGGGGUGGCGGCGGAUGAUACUAAAAUUGCUGCCAUGGUUAAUUGGCCAGUACCUAGAUCACUCAAAGUGUUGAUGGGGUUCCUAGGCUUGACUGGGUAUUACAUGAAAUUUGUCGAGGGCUAUGGGCGAAUAGCUUGGCCGUUGACCGAACAGCUUCGCAAGGACAACUUUGGGUGGAAUCUAGCAACUGAGGAGGCUUUCCAAUGCUUGAAACAAGCCAUGAUCAAUAUGCCCGUGUUGGCCCUACCGGAUUUUUCGAAGGCCUUCGUCAUUGAGACGAAUGCUUCGAGCCACGGUUUGGGUGCCGUACUGAUGCAAGAGUAG